CCGCAUACUUGCUUGACAUAUUUCCUAAUCUGGAAGAAGCGCGAAUACAGAGGGCGCAUGCAGUAAUUAUAUAGGCUGUUCCAAUCGCCUCAAAGGUCAAGGCAUCAAUCUUCCGCAAUCUAAGCCUUCAUCAAAGCUGAUCCAAGUGGUACGGCUUCACCGACAUCCGUCUCCGGGAACUGCUACACAGCAGCCAGCGUUUCCACUGUAACGAGCAUUUACCUAUACAUAAACAUUGCAAAAUGACCCAACCAUCUGUCCACACAACGUUUGAUACCUCACUCGUGGAUCUCAACCCAAACAUCUCCUUCUCGACUACCGAGUCUGACCCGUCGGACGCUGGCAUGGCAGCAGCGACCUACAAGAAUCAAAUCACAGCACCAAGUCCAUUGGCGCAAGACCUCAAUCAAGAUACGCCGCAUGCAUCCCAAGACAUCCCCCGAGAGACAUGUACACCGGUCCAACAUAUCAGUACCCAGGAAGCCUAUGAUCAGUGGGCCACAGUCUAUGACACAGAUGGGAACAUGCUCCAAUCGAUUGACGACGACGAACUCAAUACCCUGCUCCCUUCUCUCUUCGAUCAAGUCGCCGCAUCCUCUGGCACCAGCAUUUCUGUCCUCGAUCUUGGCUGCGGCACAGGCCGCAACACUGCACGUCUCUUCUCUCACUCGUGGCCAGCCGACAAGACCGUAACCGUCACGGGCUUGGACUUCAGCGCAGGCAUGCUCGCCCUCGCCCGCUCGAAACUCUCUGCCCUCGCCCCUUCAAAUAGCAACAUAACCCUACGCCUCGAGCAAUGCGACCCCUUCCCAGCUACCGUCUUUUCCCCUUCAAGUCUCGCACUCUCACCCCAGACUCUCGUUCUCUCAACACUAGUCCUCGAACACAUUCCCCUCUCCACUUACUUCCUCACUCUCACAUCCCUCCUUGCGCCCGCCGGCGUGGCGCUGCUAACAAACAUGCACUCGGAAAUGGGCAGUCGUUCGCAAGCUGGCUUCGUCAAUGCACAGGGCGUCAAGGUCCGUGGCGAGAGCUACGUGUACACGCUUGCUGAGACGGUGCAGGCCGCGCAGGACAGUGGACUACAGAUUGUGAGCGCGAUGGAGAGGAGUGUAGAACAGUGCGAUAUCCAGAGCGGCGUCGUGGGCCACAGGGGCGGGAAGUGGAUUGGGUGUAAAGUGUGGUAUGGGAUUGUGGUGCGGAAGCCGUGAUAGGGUGUGAAUCGUGAGAGCUGGUGCGAGUCAUGCUUGGGACCAGGGCGUGGUUUGAAGGUUGCAGAUCUGUCGAUUGGGUGUGAUGUAUACAUAGAAGCUGUCGUAAUCGCUAAAACACAGAAGAUUCAUUGAGCAAAUGCCCCCCAACACCACGCUUGAUAUGCACACUUGCAGGUUUAAGUCGAUAGUAUAGCACCAUGUGUGCGU